AUGCCACCUCAGCGCUUGGGCGCGCCUUCGUGGAUGACGAGCUUGGCCAGGGCUGAGCACUCCAGCGAUGACGGCAGCUGGCGGCUCUCCAACCCGGCCAUCGAGCCCGACCUCCCUCACCCUUCCAACCGCUUCGCAUUCAUUCCGCCCCGCGCUACGUUCGAGAGCAUCGCUGAGUGGGCCACGGCCAGGGUGGAGGAGAGGGUGGAAAAAGGAGACAGCUCGGAGGAGAUGACCAGCGUAGGCAGCGAUUCGAUGGAAGAAGCCACGUCGAGCCAAUCCUCGACGGGGCCUGGCAUAACCGCGCAGCACGGCAUCAACAACAGCGGCCAGAUGCAUCUACAGCAGCAGCAAUCCCUGUCGGCCGAGUUCUAUCCGAUCCCCGCCACGGCCCACUUCAUCCAUCACCAGCCACCGCCUUUCUCCUUCUCCGCGUCGCACACGCCAGUGUCCGUGGUCGGGUCUCCGCAGACCAACCGCCGCCCGCCGCCUCGUCCGCGGUCGGCUUCGGGAGUUGACGCUGGCUUCCACCCCUCGGUGGGCUACCAGCACAGCGGGGGCUGGGAUGUGUACAGCCCAACAGCUGACCCUGCGGCCCCGGCGGCGGCAAUGUCGUCUUCGCCGCCGAACUUCCCCCACAACGGCUUUCAGGUCUCGCCCGACGUAAACGACGCGCCUCACUACUCCGAAGUGGCCGCCCUCACUUCCAUGUGCCGGUUCUACUAUGCGAACCUGUUCAAGAACGUGCUGGCGUGCAACUUGGAGGGACUGCAGCUCGACAUCGACCGGUUCUGGGAGUACGUGGGGAAACACUUUUUGGGUCUCUUCUUCUACGAGUCUGUGUGCCAUCGACUGCUGCAGAUUGAGAAGAGUGUCCUCCACGAGGUCAGCGAUGCGUUGAUGGUCCAUCCGAUCGAGCAGCGAGCCAUGUACAUGCAUCAGGUGGCGAUCGUGAGCGACUUUGCAGUGCAGCUAUACGCACAGGCUAAGCACCUGCAGACGCUCGCGGGCCACAAUUCUCGACCGGCGCAGUAG